AUGAUGACAAUGAUGACGACAACGCCGACGACGACAACAACAACAAGUAAUAACCACAACAAAUCAUUCAGGACAAAAUUGAAAACAAUCAAGAAGGAAUUGAUAUCAACAACAAAUACACUAACCAGAUCCAAAUCAUCUACAUCUCCCUCAACUAUCAGCUCUUCUUGUUCUUCAUAUCCAUCUUCAAUGGCAUCUUUAUCAUCACCAUAUUCAAGCUUACAAGCAAGUCCAUAUUCAAGCAACAAUACAUCACCUAGAUCAGUAGUAUCGUCUACAUUUUCGUCAUUUGUACAAUCGACACCCGAUUUGAACCACGAGCAACCACCGCCCCAACAACAACUACAUUCCUCGUCGUCUAGUUUUAGGUACCGAAGUCAAUCAUUAUCACAAUCAUUUGCCAAAAUUACACAACAGAGUAACAACAAAAGCAACAGUGGAUCCCAUUUUCAUUUACCUUUGCAUACUCAUCAUCAUCCUCAACAACGGCAACAAAGUAGUACUAUGACACUGCCAUAUGAAUCCACGUUUGAUACGUGUAUACCAUUAGACUAUGAUCAUUUCACAUACACAAACAUCACGUCACCCAAACUCCCACCUAAAGAAGAAGAAAGAGGAGUGGGAGGUGAAGAUGAUGGUGAGGUUGGCGAUUUUUACUACGGUGUCAAUAACCCCGACAGUUUCAACUCAAUCCAGGAAGAGGUCAUUAUCCCACCUUUACCCGACAUCAAUGAAUUUAACACUAGGUAUCAACAACGUCAACUUAGUACCAGUAACAACAGUAUCAUCACUGCCAACAAUUCGAGCACCAGUUUGAAUAAAUAUAACUCAGGAAUGAGUCGCAACAACAGUAUCAAUAUGAAAAGUACUGGUGGUGUUGGUGUUGGUGUUGGUGUUGGUAAUGGUGUUGGUUCUAUUAAUAUGAGUAGAAGUUUGAGUAUGGCAAGUACUUGCACUACUGCUAAUCUACCACCAAGUACACCACUGUCUUUGACUCAUUUUAAAACUAGUUCCUUUGAUGUUUAUGGUAGAGGAGUACAAGAUGAAGAACAAGAUGGUGAUGAUGAUUUGGCUAUUAAUAUUCUAAAUGUUAUUAACCAGAAUGAGAUAACUUGGGAUAUUUGA